GGAAUCGGGGCUGUGAGGAGAGCACAUGGAGCUGGAUUGUGAGAGGAACGGGGGAAUCGGGGCUGUGAGGGGAACAGGGUGGAUCAGGACUUUGAACGGAGCAGACGAAGCAGGGCUGUGAGGGCAGUGCCGGGGAGGAUCAGGUCAUGGGCGAGCACCGGCAGCACGAUCAGGGCUGUGAGGGAGGCACCGAGGGAAGAGUGAAGAGAAUGCUGUGGGGAUCGAGGCUGUGAGGACCCGGCCAGCUGCGGGGAGCAUGGAGGGAGCUGGUGUGAGCCAUGCUGGAGGGGAUCAGGCCCGUGCAGGGGCCAGGGGCCUCAUGGUGGCCCGUCAGAGCCCUGUUGACAGCUGUCAUGCAGGUGGCCGGCCUGGGCAACUACGGGAUGCGAGGCACACGGCACAGCGUGGGCAUGGAGGUGCUGGACCGGCUGGCCCGGCAGCUGGCGGUGGCCGAGGGCUGGCGAGUGGACAAGCGGUGCUGUGCUGAUGUGGCCCUGGCCACAGCCCACGGCCUGGAGCUGGUGCUGCUCAAGCCACGGAGGUUCAUGAACCUCAAUGGGCUCAGCGUUGCCAGUGCUGCUGAGAUCUACAGCCUUGGCCCCGGAGACAUUUACCUGGUUCACGACGACCUGGACAAGGCCCUGGGCAAGGUGGCAAUCAAGCUGGGAGGCAGCGCAAGGGGACACAAUGGGGUCCAAUCCUGCAUCAGUGCUCUGCAGUCCAACGAGAUGACCCGGCUCAGGAUCGGCAUCGGGCGGCCAGAGGGUGACGUGACAGUGCCCAGCUAUGUCCUGUCUCCGUUCAGUGCUGGGGAGAGGGAGAAGCUGGAGCAGAUCCUGGCCCAGGCAGUGACCUGCCUGCUGCAGCACAUCCAGAGCCGAGCACCUGCAGAGCCGGGGGACAGGGGCUGACACAAACCCCCAGGACCCUUUGGCUGAUGGACAGGGUGCUGCAGGCACUCCAGACUGACCAGGGAGCUGGAGCAGAGCUGGCCCAGCCUGGCAGCCUGGCUGGGAGCUGGGGCAGCCUCCUUCCAUGCCCACACCAAUCCAGGCAGCUCGUGUCCCACUUGAAUCCUGCAGAGGCUCUGUGCCUCAGUUUGGCACAGAAAUUAAAUAAAC